ACCCGGCCCUUCACUCCCUCACAAAGCGAGCAGCAACCUCCAGCCUCUCCGUCCCGACAUGAAACAGACUCUUAGCGAACUGAUGAGGAUGAGCAGGAUAUGCCGGAUGGUUUUUGCCACUUGUUUGGGAUCCUUUAUUCUGGUCAUCUUUUAUUUCCAAAGUAUGUUCCAACCAGUCAUGCGGAGGAACCCCUUUGUGGUGGAUGGCUGCUGUAGGAAAGGGUCCCGCAAUGCCCUGCAGGAGCUCUACAACCCCACACAGCCAGAGUUGUCAGGAGCAGCUGUCCUCCACCAGACCAGAAGGGAUCAGGUAGUGGAUGCUUGUCGAGUCUACAGUGCGUCCAGCCGUAAGCGGAGAGUCCUUACACCCGGCGACCUCAAGCACCUCGUGGUGGAUGAGGAUCAUGAGCUUAUCUACUGUUACGUCCCCAAGGUGGCCUGUACAAACUGGAAACGUGUCAUGAUGGUACUCACGGGCCGAGGCAAAUACAGUGACCCAAUGGAAAUCCCAUCCAAUGAAGCCCAUGUUCCUUCCAACCUUAAGACGCUGAACCAGUACAGCAUUGCUGAGAUCAACCACCGCCUCAAGAACUACCUCAAGUUCCUGUUUGUUCGCGAGCCCUUUGAGAGGCUGGUCUCCGCAUACCGCAACAAGUUUACUCUCAAGUACAACUCAUCCUUCCACAAGCGCUUCGGCACUCGUAUUGUCCGGCGCUACCGCAAGAAUGCCACACAGGAUGCGCUGCUCAAUGGUGCUGAUGUUAAAUUUAAGGAAUUUGCUGAGUAUCUGGUGGAUCCAGCCACGCAGCGCGAUGGCCCACUCAACGAGCACUGGCAGACCGUUUACCAGCUUUGCCACCCAUGUCACAUCCAUUAUGACCUGGUGGGCAAAUAUGAAACGCUUGAAGAGGAUGCCAACUACGUAUUGCGGCUGGUGGGUGUUGGUGACUCCUUGCGUUUCCCGAGCUACGCCAAGUCCACCCGCACCACGGAUGCCAUGGCAGCCCAGUUCUUUAGCAAUAUCAGCACUCAGCAGCAGAUCCAACUCUACCAGCUUUACAAGUUGGACUUCCUCAUGUUUAACUACUCUACACCCAGCUACCUCCGGCUGGACUAAUGGAGGACAGAGCUGGGACUCUGGAAAUGGCUGCCUUGUUUAAGAAGAGGCAACAAUGAGUGAUGGGUGGAAUUUUUCGAAAGCAAAUUUAAAAAACUGUUGUUGUACCUUGCAGGCGUGGGGUCUGGAUUUAAGAUAUAAACAGAUGCUGAGAAAAGGUAAUGUGUGCUUGUCUGUGCAUAAGGGGAAGAAUGUCCAAUCAACUCUGGGUGGCACAGAGAGCUAUGAUUGGAUGAGAAUGUGGGUGAACAGACCAAACGCAUGCAAAGACUAAAAGAUGUGGGUGAAGCAGGUCUUCAAGGUUUUAAAAGAGGAACUUUUCCUCACGGGACGGACUUGAAGAGGGAUUCUGAUGAUGUUCCCUACAUGUUUAAAACAAACUGCUGACAAAUUAGGCUGCUUCAGAUUCUGCAAAGCAAACAGCGGCCUCGCACGCGCCCUGACCCCAAUGCAUCGUGGGAGCUAAGCUUAUCUCCCCCUUCCCCUGAUCAAUAGAGAAACUCCGUCA